UCUAUAUCUCUUUAAUACACCUCCUCCUAUACCAAAAAGAACAACAAAGAAGAGAAAAAGAAAAAGAACUCUUAUAACACCAACUUGUAUUACAAAAUUAUAAUACUCUCUCCUCUCAACUCUCACCGCAUAUAUAUGUAAUGUAACUACUUUACUUCACGAAAUUAAUCUUUGGUUUUGUGAAGAAAAAAAAAACAAGAGAGAAAGGAAAAUAGAAGAAACUAUUAUAUUAUAUUUUAUAGAUAGAAUAAAAAUUAAAAUGCCUUCAUCUCUUCAGUUCCACAGAUUCAACUCAAACACCGACGCAGCAACAGCUAACGCCAUCGCUAACGGCGUUAACUGUCCAAAACAAAUCCAAACGCGUCGUUACGCGCUUUCUUCGGCAAAACUAACCGUUUCCGAAACGGUUGCUAACCAUCACACGCACGUGGUGGGACCCAAUCAAAGCUGUUCCGUUGUGAUCCAAACCAUCAACGCCUCCGUUUCAACCGUUUGGUCCGUCGUUCGACGUUUCGACAAUCCACAAGGCUACAAACACUUCGUGAAAAGCUGUAACGUCGUCGCCGGCGACGGCAUUCGCGUCGGCGCUCUCCGUGAGGUUCGGUUGGUUUCCGGUCUUCCCGCCGUUUCGAGCACGGAGAGGCUUGAGAUCCUUGAUGAUGAACGGCACGUCAUUAGUUUUAGUGUUGUUGGUGGAGAUCAUAGGCUUAGGAAUUACCGGUCGGUGACGACGCUACACAGUGACGGUAACGGAGGAACGGUUGUUAUUGAGUCAUAUGUAGUUGAUGUACCGCACGGUAACACGAAGGAAGAGACGUGUAGUUUCGUUGACACCAUUGUUCGCUGUAAUUUGCAGUCCCUAACUCAGAUCGCAGAGAAAGUGUGAAGAAGAAGCCAUAUUCAAAUAUGAUUAUAUUAUAAUAUUUAUAUUGCAACUACAAUUAGAGUAGUAGAAUAUAUUUUUCUUAUAAUAUUAAUUUUAUUUUUGUCUUAUGGGGUUUUUGUUUCUAAUAGGGGUUUUAUAUCAUGGUUCAUUCAUGGACAUAUUGAUGUGUAAGCCCGUAUUGGAAAUUGGGGGAGGGUUUUUUUUUUUUUUUGGAAGAUUAGAGAGAAGUGCAUUGUUAAAAUUAACGUUGAUGUAUAUCUUCUAUCUUUUCUUCUUUCAUUUGGAAUGAUGAUAACUGCUGCUUUCCUACAAUGGUUGCUACUUGCUAGUGUUAAUUUAUUUUAUUUUUCAUUUGUAA